UUUAUGCUUAUGCACAACUUGCUGGAAAUAUAUAGUGACAAAUUGAGUUCGACAGUGGAAAAUACUGAAAAUGAAAAUCUGCCACGGAUUCAUUAAAAAAAGAAAAGCCCAUUGUUCACCAAAAAUAAAAAUAGAAAGAGAAAAGGAAAAGCCCCGACCUGGAUUGAUUAGCGAGUGUCGACGGCCGCCAUACGAAAUUCGCCCCACCAGUCCGGGGGCCUGCCUGUAUCCUCUUCUCCAACUCCUUCCUAUUCCUCUUCACGGUCGCCGGCGGCCACAUCCGAGUUCACCGGCCGCGUUAAUCGUCUCGCACUACUUCUUCUAAUUUCUCGCUGCGGGUGCGGGUGGUUCAUUCAAAAAUUCCUCGGCAGCUCCUCGUUUCCUCAGCUGCCGCACGGUCUUCACUGGUUUCUACCGCCCCUCGAGUUCUGCUGCUCGUUUGCGUUUGCAGGCAAAGGGGGACGAAUUCUUCUGUAAUUUCUCCCGUCCAAAGAAAGUUGAUGAAAGAUGAGUUCCUUCUCCAUUACUCGCAAGAAGACCCCCUUCCAGAAACAUAGAGAGGAAGAGGAGGCAAAGAAAAAGAGGGCUGAGGAUGAAACUGCUCGAUUAUAUGCCGAGUUUGUGGAGUCUUUCCAAGGGGAUACAGCUCCUGGCUCGAAGACUUUUGUCAGGGGUGGACUGAUCAAUCCCAAUGACAAAGUGAAGGAUGAAUCUGAAGGUGAAAAGUCCAAAGAUGGGGUAUCUGUUCCAAAGAAGGGAAGUAGGUAAAUUGAUGCUUUUGAUUGAUCAACCAUGUUGAGGUGCUACUUUAAAGGCAUUAUGGUAGAGCUCUGUGCAGUGAUGGAAUCAUCCACGUAGCUAGAGUCUUUAGAAUUUAUAAACCAAGAAUUGCCGUCUUCUACAUCUUUGCACUCAGUUAUUCUGGUCGCCUAGGUUUGGUUGAUUUGUAUAAUGUAAUCAAUGCGUCGACUAAGAGAAGACAAGUUGUCUUUUUUUGUACGUGAUUGUGACAAUCCAUUUGUCCUUAGUUGUAUCAAUCCCAGCAGGGCUCACUAUGGUAGUUGAGUGAAUGCUAUGCACACUAGAAAAUUUCACCUGUGUAUCUUCAAGGAUUUAUUUGUCUGUCGAAAACCAACACUCAACAUAAAGUUCAGCAUGAUCAAAGCAUUUGUAAGAUACUGACGUGUACUAAGUCUACCCUGGCAAGUUCGUACUUGUCCUAUGGCAUGGAAGUUUAUCCUUCAUAUCACCUCUGCAGGUAUGUCCCAUCCUUUUUACCACCUCCCAUGGCAUCCAAGGGAAAGGAAUCUGAUAAGAAGAGGGAGGAGGAGAGGUCAAAGGACAGGGAAAAAGGGAAGACCAGAAAUAUUGAUCAUUUCAUGGAAGAGCUGAAGCAUGAACAUGAAUUGAGGGAGAAAAGGAAUCAAGAACGCGAGCGUUGGCGUGAUGGACGUCCUAGUGAUACUUCUCUAUCUAGUACGCGGUUCGAUGAGCUGCCUGAUGACUUUGAUCCAAGUGGAAGGCUUCCAGGAUCAUUUGAUGAUGGUGAUCCACAGACAACCAAUCUUUAUGUGGGGAAUCUUGCGCCUCAGGUUGAUGAGAAUUUUCUAUUGCGCACUUUUGGAAGAUUCGGGCCUAUUGCUAGUGUAAAGAUAAUGUGGCCUAGAACUGAUGAGGAGCGUAGGCGACAAAGAAAUUGUGGAUUUGUAGCAUUCAUGUACAGAGCUGAUGCGCAAGCAGCGAAAGAUGAAAUGCAAGGAGUUGUUGUUUACGAGUACGAGUUGAAAAUUGGAUGGGGUAAAUCUGUGGCUCUUCCUUCUCAGGCUCUGCCUGCUCCUCCUCCAGGUCACAUGGCCAUCAGGAGCAAGGAGGGCGCCACUGUUAUUCUCUCUGGUCCAUCUGGUCCAUCUGGUGCACCUGUUUCCUCCGGUCCAAAUCAGAACUCUGAACUAGUUCUUACUCCAAAUGUUCCUGAUAUAACAGUUGUUCCACCUGAUGAUGAUCACCUACGCCAUGUGAUCGAUACAAUGGCUCUAUAUGUGCUAGAUGGAGGAUGUGCUUUUGAACAAGCUAUCAUGGAGAGGGGCCGUGGGAAUUCCCUAUUCAACUUCCUCUUCGAGCUUGGCUCUAAGGAGCACACAUACUAUGUCUGGCGGCUGUAUUCCUUUGCACAGGGUGAUACUCUUCAAAGGUGGAGAACAGAGCCCUUUAUCAUGAUAACCGGAAGCGGAAGAUGGAUGCCACCACCGCUGCCAACUGUUAAAAGUCCAGAGCAUGAAAAGGAUGCUGGAACUACCUAUGCUGCAGGAAAAAGCAGGCGGCUUGAUCCAGAACGAACUCUUACUGACCCACAGAGGGAUGAAUUUGAGGAUAUGCUACGUGCUUUGACACUAGAAAGAAGUCAGAUAAAAGAUGCCAUGGGUUUUGCCUUGGACAAUGCUGAUGCUGCUGGAGAGAUAGUGGAGGUCCUGACGGAAUCAUUGACCCUCAAGGAAACUCCUAUUCCUACAAAAGUUGCAAGACUCAUGCUUGUAUCUGACAUCCUUCACAAUAGUAGUGCUCCUGUUAAGAAUGCUUCUGCAUACCGGACCAAGUUUGAAGCUAGUCUACCUGAUAUCAUGGAGAGCUUUAAUGAUUUGUACUGCAGCAUAACUGGAAGGAUCACUGCUGAGGCACUCAAGGAGCGAGUCCUUAAAGUCUUACAAGUAUGGUCUGAUUGGUUCCUGUUCUCAGAUGCAUAUGUUAAUGGACUUCGAGCAACAUUUCUUCGGUCCAGUAACUCGGGUGUGGUCUCUUUCCAUUCAUUAUGCGGUGAUACUCCAGAAAUAGAGAAGAAGAAGAGUGCUGGCUCAGAUAAAGCUGGCGGUGAUGGGUCCAAGGUUGCCAACCAAGAUGCUGCGCUGGCAAUGGGGAAAGGAGCAGCAACAAGGGAGCUGAUGAGUCUUCCACUUCCUGAGCUGGAAAGGCGUUGCAGACAUAAUGGGUUAUCCCUUGUUGGUGGUAGAGAGAUGAUGGUUGCACGGUUGCUGAGCCUUGAAGAGGCAGAAAAGCAGAGAGGUUAUGAGUUGGAAGAUGACUUGAAGUUAUCUCAGAAAAGUCAGUCUUCAACCUCUGGUAGUAGGGUUACAACAAGUGGCGUUUACAGAGAAACUGGAUUUAUUGACCCUCCUCAGCCCACCGGGGGAUUCUCUGGAAGUGACUCUACACAUAUGGGUUCGACACUUGUAAUUCCUCAACCUGCUGCAUCAAAACCCUUCACAAAGAGAGACAAGACAGAUCAUGUUUUAACUGCAUCGAAAUGGGCUCGUGAUGAUGAUGAUGAUGGAAGUGACGAUGAACAGAAGAGAAAUUCUACUAAGGGGAUUGGGUUGAGUUACUCAUCUUCUGGAAGUGAAGUUGCUGGUGAUGAUCCAGGCAAGGGUGAUGAUGAGGAGUUUGCGAUGGAUGUAAGUGUUUCAGGACAACCCGACAGUGGAAUAAAUGAUGAACAGAGACAGAAGUUGAGGCGUUUGGAGGUUGCUUUGAUAGAAUAUCGUGAAUCCCUCGAGGAAAGAGGAAUAAAGAGUUCAGAGGAAAUCGAGAGAAAGGUAGCGAUCCAACGGAAGAGGCUCGAAGCUGAAUACGGCCUGUUGAGUAGGAAUGAAGAUGCAACUGAAAACAAGAGAGGGUCUUUGGAAAGGAGGGAGAGACGGGAGAGCAGUACCAACAACAAUGAAUCAUCAUCGAGAAAACGACAGAGGAGCCUAAGUGGAAGUAUGAGUCCUCGUCGGAGACCACCUACAGGGAGGGAGAGAGAGAAUGAGGUGGAGAGAGAGCGUGAAAGGCACCGCAGGGUGGACAGAGAUAGAGAUAAUAGAGGUGGUCACAAGGCAGAGAACGAAAGGAGUCAGCGCGAGAAGAGUGGAAGCAGAGAACGCGAUGAUCAUGACAGAGAUAAUAGAAGCAACAGCAGAGACAGGGACAGAGAGAGGAGACGCUUAAAACAGUAGUGCUCUUUUAUUUAUGGUUCAUCAAAAGUUGCAGAAUGGGGGAAAUUGAAUGUUUGUUCCAUCCAUGGCAAUUGAGUGUGACUGCUUGUUAAUGCCACCAUGAAAAUGCAAUCAGAGAUGUAAUUUUGUCAUUUCCAUAAAGUUCCAAAUGAAUCAAGUGAUGCAGAUGGUACUCUUAUCAUUCCAUCUUACACAUUGGUAGUAGUGGCGGUGGUCUGGUUCUUGUAUGAGCAUUGGAUAAAACAAAGGAAUUCAAAGCACCAG